AGAUUUUAGUUAAAAAUUGUCACUUGAGUUUCAGAAUCGUAACGAUGAGUUUGAAGUUGUUUAUAUUAUUUGUGGUGUUUUUUGCUUUCAUUGCCUCUUCUCUGGCUUUUAAAAAUCCUGAAUGCGGGGAGCCACAUUCAAAAAAUGGUGUCGAGGCCCCCAACGGACGUAUCAUGGUCUGUAUGGCAAAAAGUACACGAUGGUCCUACGAUGCGGAGGCAAACAAAUGUGUCAGCUUUAACUAUGGAGGAUGCGGUGGAAACAGGAAUAGUUUUGGAAGCCUACAACAAUGUGAGGCAACUUGCCUAGAAUAAAUAUUUAUUUCUAUUGCUGUAAUAGAUAUGUUAAAUUUGUUAAUGUUAAUAUUGCCAAAUGCUAA